AAAAAAAAACCGUGUUAAAAUAAGCUUUUUUUUCGGACAUUUUUCCCGCCCAUUUCCAAAGAAAACUCCCGCUGUCCUCGUCUUCUCCGGUAGGGUUUGGUUUGGGUGGCCUUGGCCACUUCUCUUCAGUCAUCAAUACCACCGAAAGCUAUUCUUCCUGUCGAUCCUCUGUGAUGAGCUCCACACAAUAAUCCCUAGUCUCUCCAUCCCAAAAUGAACACUCCCAUGGAGAUCUCUCUGCAAAACCCUCAUGACGCCCCAAUGUGCGACCAAAACGGCGUCGUCCCGCCAUCACCUCCUCCGACACUGCCCCAAGACAAAUUUCUCGUCUCCGUUGAAGUCUGCCUAAAACCCUCGAGCACAGCUCGGUCUGAAGAUGUCCGGUCGGCCGUGGAGAAAAUGCUUGAGAAGAGGAGCUUAAGCUAUGUAGAUGGACCCAUUGGUGUGCCACUUGACGAUCUGUUUCUCACAGAAAAUGUUCAAAGGAUUAAUAUCUGUGACACGGAGGAAUGGGUGCAGAACCACGACAUUCUUUUGUUCUGGCAAGUCAAGCCUGUUGUCCACGUCUUUCAGCUUAGUGAGGAAGGGCCAUGUGAGGAAUUAAGUGGGGACGGACAACUUGCCAGCUUCAACGAAUGGAUUCUUCCUGCAAAGGAAUUUGAUGGCAUGUGGGAAAGCUUAAUUUAUGAACCUGGUCUCAAGAAAAGGUUGCUGCGGUAUGCAGCAAGUGCGUUGCUCUUUACUGAAAAGGGUGUGAAUCCUUUUCUUAUUUCAUGGAAUCGCGUUGUGCUUCUACAUGGACCUCCAGGGACUGGGAAAACUUCUUUAUGCAAAGCAUUGGCUCAAAAGCUAUCUGUUAGAUUUAGUUUCAGAUAUUCGCAGUGCCAGUUGGUUGAAGUCAAUGCACAUUCUUUGUUUAGUAAAUGGUUUUCUGAGAGUGGCAAGUUGGUUGCAAAGCUUUUCCAGAAAAUUCAAGAAAUGGUGGAGGAAGAAAACAAUCUGGUAUUUGUUUUGAUUGAUGAAGUUGAAAGUCUUGCUGCCGCUAGAAAGGCUGCUCUGUCUGGUUCUGAACCUUCGGAUUCUAUCAGGGUCGUGAACGCACUACUAACUCAGAUUGACAAAUUGAAAUCAUCUCCAAAUGUGAUAAUUUUGACCACGUCCAAUAUUACUGCUGCUAUUGAUAUUGCAUUUAUUGAUCGAGCUGAUAUUAAGGCAUAUGUUGGUCCUCCAACUCUUGAAGCUCGUUAUGAAAUUCUAAGGAGCUGCUUGCAGGAACUUGUACGGACAGGCAUAUUAUCUUAUCUCCGGGAUUGUGAUCAAUUUAUGCUUCCAAACUAUAGUAGUUUAAAAGAGAAAUUGAACAUGCAUGAGAAUCAGGAAGCUGAGACACUUCAUUUGUGCAAACAGUUGCUUGAAGCUACAGAAGCGUGCGAGGGAUUGAGUGGACGGUCUCUGAGAAAGCUUCCAUUCUUGGCACAUGCUGCUCUUUCAAAUCCCUGCGGUUGUGAUCCUGGCAAGUUCUUGUCUGCAAUGAUAGACACUGCAAAGAGGGAAAGUUCUGAGCUGCUCGACUGAAUUUACAAGAUUUCUAGAGUUUUGUAAAUAAUGUAGUUUGAUGAGCAGCUAUUGGACUGAAUUUGUAUCUUGUUUGCAGCUCUGAGCUACUUGUAAUAACAAUGAUGCUCGCAGAAAGAGAAUAUACUAUAAGGAAAAUGAGAAAGA